AUGGUGAAUAGAAACCAAAAUGCUGAUGACAUCAUACGUCAAGUUCGACAUGACAAUGUGGCAACAGAUAAUAACCUAGCAGCUAUAGUCGAAAGAAUCAUGGUUCGAAACAGGGUAAAUUUUGGCCUUAGAAGGACAAAUUAUACGUCGCCUUUAGCAGAGUAUAUCUUACAAGCAGAAGCACCCCUCAGGACCAAAAUCCCCAAAUUCACCAAGUUUGUUAGGGAUACUACUGAGUCUACUGUUAAGCAUGUGGUGAGAUAUUUAAUCGAGGAUGAAGAUAUGUCACAUAAUGAGAGCCUUAGGAUGAAAUUUUUUCCAAGUUCUCUCACAAAGAAUGCUUUCACAUGGUUCACAACCUUGCCCCAAAAUUCGAUCCACACUUGGAACCAACUGGAAGGAAUGUUCCAUGAGCAAUUUUACAUGUGGAAAACGAAGAUAAGUUUGAAAGAGUUGGCUAGUGUCCGAAGAAAGUUCACUGAGCCAAUUGAUGACUAUCUGAACAAAUUUCGACUACUCAAAGCCAGGUGUUUUACGCAAAUACUAGAGCAUGAACUGGUCAAAAUGUCUGCUGGGGGACUUGACUAUUCGAUUAGAAAGAAAUUAAAUACUCAGUACUCAAGGGAUAUGGCCCAAUUGGCUGACAAAGUUCGACAGUUAGAACGUUUAAAGGAAGAAAAGGCUAGGGAGAAUAAAGGUAAAAGGGUAGCCUAUGUCGAUUUCAGGAAUGAUGACGAAGGUUCAUGUCAUGAAAUUUCAGACUUCGAUGAUAAUGAGAUCGACCUUGCUGAAUUGACACAAGGGCCACCAUAUGCGUGUAAAGUUUUAGCCCCUUCGAACGGGAAAAAUCCUGUCGAAACUAAAAAGAGUGAGAAAUUUCCUAAGAAAACAUAUACGUUCGACGUUACAAAAUGUGACGAAAUUUUUGACUCACUAGUCAAAGAUGGUCAAAUGAUAGUACCUCCGGGUGCUAAAGUACCCCCUUUAGAGCAAAGAAAGAAAAGAGGGUUUUGCAAAUACCAUGGUUUUUUGGGUCAUAAAACGUCUCAAUAUUUUCUUUUCAGGGAUCUUGUGCAGAAUGCCAUCGAGGAAGGAACACUCAAGUUCGGAGACAAAACAUAG